AAUGUAAUAAGAGUAGUUAUUGCAAACUCAGGGUUUUACAUUGGAUUAGAUAAAGGAGUAAAGAGAUUAAUUGCUUUUGAGACUAGAUUAAAGGGAAUCAGAGUUAUUAAGGAUAGAAAAGUUUUUGGAGUCUAGUAAUAAAAGAUAAUAGAAUUAAAAUUAAUUUGAAGAUCUUUAAGAUGGAAUAUUGAUGUGCAAGGAGAAAUGUGUACUUUUAUAAGAAGAGAAUAUAGAGUUUACUAAGAUGGCUCAUUGUUUAAAAUAGCAAAACGAUUAAUUAAAAAGUCGUUAUUCAAUAGUAAUAUGAUAGUUAAUAGAAUUAUAGGUUCGAUAGAUGUAUGAUAACAAUUUAUCCACUUUGAAUGAGUUACAAUAACAUGGUUUGAAUAUAAAUUAUCGAAUGAUGAAAUAAAUUAAAAUAAUCAAAGACUUAGGUUAAUUAAAUCAGAAUGUAAUGAAUUAGAGUAGGAAAUCCAAAUUAGAGAAAUAUGUUAGUAAUUAUUCAUAAUUGGAGGAUACAUGUAUAAAAUAAUUAAAUUCAUUUUGAGCACCUUGAAGAAUUGUAUAACAAUUUUUAAAUAUAAGAAUAAAAUAUUGAUUGUGAAGUGGUAGAAAGCAUUUCAUAAUUAAUAUCUAUCAAAAGAGAAUUGGCUUAAAUUAAUAUGAAUGAUAAUAGUUUGAAUUCACCUAGAUAAUAAGACAUAUAAAUAAUUGAUCCUAUAUUAACAUCAGGAACAUUUAGAUUUAAAACACAUCAUAAUUUAGGAGAGAAAUAAAUUAGAUAAAGAUAGAUUUCAUAAUAAAUAGAUGAUUUAAGGGCUUUUUCUGAAUUAAAUGAAGAUGAUGAAGUUAAACAAUAAUCUUCAGAUGAGGAUCAUAAACAUUCUGAAUAAAUGUCUAAUAAAUAACCAUGGUAUUUUAAAUCAGCAGUUCCAAAUAUUAGUAGUAAAAACUCAGAGAAGAAAUGGGAAAAUUAUAGUGAGAAAAAGAAGCAUCAUAAAAAUAAAUAUUCAUUUGCAUCUGCAUCAUCAAAUGAAAGUUUCAAUAGAAUGGGUGUUAUGACAUUGAAAGAAGAAUUUCAAAGCAUCUAUUAAAGAUAAUAAUUAGAUGAAGAUAUCAAAGAAAAAGAUACUGAAAUGAAUGAUAGUGAUGAAAUACCAUAAUUAAUAUAAUAAGAAUCAAUACUAGAAGAUUCUACCAUUAUUAUUAAUAGAAAAUCAUAAUAAUUAAGUAAAUCAAUAGUUCAAAUUGAAAAAAUAUAAGAACCUGUAAAAUCUGAUCCUUAUAAAAACAUCAAGAUAGCAGGUGUUUUACUAGCUACUUGUGGAAUUGCAGGAUGGUUAUAUAAAAAGUAUUUUUGA